AAAUAUCUGUCCCGACUAUUGGUCUGUGAGCGAUAAAUAAAGCGCUUCGUGGGAAUGGCAUCAGGUACAAAAGUUAGUGGCACACCAACUGGCUCUUUCGCUACGUGUUCUCCCCUUACAAUUUGGACUGCAUCGCUUUAGUCAGAAGUCCUUUUUUUUAAAGGGAAAAAAAAACCCGUCUCUUUAGUUAGAAGCAGCAGGUAGUCUGGUUUGAUUUAUUCUCCCCCUUUGAAAACUUCCUUGAAAACAUUGCCAACAGUAAGAGUCAAAGCUGCUGUUGGCUUUAUCCGGAUGAGAGGCGGUCGAAAGGCACAUCUCCCAACUCCAGCCACUACAGUCGCUGACACUCGGAAGAUUGCGGCGUGAGUUUGCGAUCAGCGGUGCCAGUCACUUAAGGCACCAACUCGCCCGCGUUGAUAGCAAUCCUCAGGAGGGGCAUUUAACGUUGAGUUGCCUUUUACGCGAGUUAAAGUGAUGGCCUCAACAAAUUAUUCUUUCGAUGACGACUAUUCAUAUUGGAAUAUCGACUACACUGACGACCGGGAAGAUCCCCCGAAAGAAAUUAUUGAACCUUGUGAUCCCACGGUACGAGUCGAGUUGUAUCACAUCUGCAUGGCAGGUAUUUCACUCGCUGUGCUUCUGGCUCUGUCGUUCUUGGUCAAACGCAGGCGCCUGUGCAGGAAUUCAUGCGGUGGGGUUCCCGGCUUAUUACAUCCUGUUGGCCUAUUCGAACAUGGCUCUCAUAAAGGAAUUCCUGCCGCUGUAUUUGGACUUGUUUUCUGUUCCCUGUGUGUUGUGGUUCUGGAUGACAAACCUUUUCCUUUCAUCGCUGAGUCUUCAGAGGACACCAAAGAGUACUGGAAGAUCCUGGCCUUGCUGUACUACCCAGCUCUGUACUCCCUUCUUGCAUGUGCAGCUGUUAAGAGCAAAGCAGGUUACCUCCUCGGUAGCCUGCUCUCCUGGGUUCACUGCGGAAUCCAGAUUUGGCACAAGGCUGAAUGCCCUUAUUCACUCGAGAUAUACAAAUAUUUCUCAUUGAUAAGGAGUCUUCCUCAGCUCUUAUUUCUGGCAUUCCUUAGUUUACUUUAUCCCUUAUUAUUAGUGAAGAAUGAUGAGACGUCCGGAAAAGUUGGCUCAAAUGAGUGCCUUUCUAAUGCAUAUUACACUGAUUAUGUCAAGAUUAUGCUGAGAAAGAAGCCAUCUCAAGGUGCUGAGCCAGUGCAGGUAAGCAUCCCUUCUCGGAUAGGAGCAGUGAUACGAUCGUACAUCUACAUACCAAUGGAAGGCUUCAGAGUACCAACAAAACUGGUCAUAACUAUGACUGUGGCAAUAGUUUCUGUCUAUCAGGUUGCUGUUCUAAUCAUUGUGGGUGUUAUACCCACCCUGCAGAAGGCAAGGUCUGGAGUCCAAGAAGAUGUCUCCUACCUGCUUGAUGAAUUUCAUGUUAGCCUUUCCCAAAAUAGGGCUGAAGUUGUCGGUAUUGUCAAGUACUACUUUUGGGUGGUUGAAGUCUGCUAUCUGUCUGCUGUGGCUGUUUCCUGUGUUCUGACUCUUCUUACAUUAAUGAGGUCAAUGGUUUUACACAGAGACAACCUCAGGGCUCUUUACAGAGGGGAUACUCAAAGAGUCUUCAACUGUAAAAGGCGUAUUAGACCCUCGAGAUCUAGCAUUGCCUCCUGGAUGUGUUUCACUGGCUACCAGGCUGCCCAUGUCUGUUUAGGUCUUGUCAUUCAACAAAUAGUAAUCUUUCUUUGUUUCCUGCUAUUUGCUUUUCUCAUCGUCAUUCCCAUUCUCACUGGCCAAAACAUGAUCAUCUUCCAAAUCCUGGAGAGAAUGUGGCCAUUCUGGUUAACGCUAAUUCUGAUAGUCUUACUCCAACAUAUGUUGGCUCGUUUCAUUUUCCUUCAGAAAAAUGGAGAAACAUUCAGUGUCACAAAUAGACGAACACUCUACAUCUUCACCUACCUUCUAUUCACAUUCAAUGUGCUGAUAGGAGUUAUUGCUGCGGUUUGGCGUUUGGUUCUUACGGCACUCUUCAAUGUUAUCCAUUUCUGUCGACUGGACCUUGGGCUGCUCAAUCGUGGGGUUGAGAUGUUUGACCCAGGUUACUAUUCUUAUACCAAUUUCCUCAAGACUGAAGUCAGCCAGUCACAUCCGGUCAUGAAGGCUUUCUGUUCCCUCCUGCUUCAUUCCCGAAGAUCUGAGCGAGGUGGUGGUCAUCAAAGCAAAGAUGUAGAGGAAGGGAUUCAACUGAUGCAAACUGACCACAAAUACACAAAAGCAGCCAGAUCCAAACGGGUAAAAGCAAAGUGGUGCUUGCUGUUCACUCUACUGAACAAUCCUUCACUAGUCGAUGCCAGAAGGUCCAUUGGUCACUUGUCUACAGAUAUGGUCUUGAAUGGGAAAUUGAGCCUCUCCCCCAAGGACAGUAAAGAUGAACUUGAUAAACCUGAGGCAUGUGGAAGUGAAUAGGCUGAUGUAGAUCUGAGCUUUCAUUGCACCUAAUCUAGACAGCAAGGUCAGUCGUGCUACGUUUUCCCUUCUCACCAUUUUGGUUAUUGGUUUCACUUACUAACAUAAAGUAUUUGUCUAAAUACACUGAAAUACCUGCUCAAAUAACCAGGAACCAUUUAGAGCCAAGACUGCACAAGAAUAAAAACAAAUUAACAUGCAUGAAGUCAGUUUGUGAGUGCCUAUUUCUUAUUUUUUAAUAUUAAAUCUAUGAAUUGAACACAACAGUUCAGCAAAAUGCUACUUUAAAGUUAUAGUGUCCCUCCAGUUACACAAUGAAGAUGAACAAUCUCAAAAGUAGGCCAUCUUGGAGGGAAGAGAAAAGAUUUUUGUGUUUAACUAUUUUGAAAACCAAGGCAUUUACAUUUGUUGACAUCUGGUCUGUGCUGCCUGGUGGCUGCUAAUAGCAGGUGUGUGAAGUCUGCCAUCUGUCACUCCUAUGUACUGGGACACUUGUUGAUUCUGAUAUUCUGUAUCAACAAAAGUCAAACGUGCGCGGAAGUGAAUUGCUGGACCCCUCCUUCCACACGUACUUGCUAAUUUAUUUGAUGUGAAACUAUUUUGCCUGCAACGACAAACGAGACCACCAAUUUGUUGAAUAGAAACUGAGUUGAUGUAAUUUGAAUAUGUACUUAGCAGAAAGAGUAAAAAUGAGUUAUGGUGUUUUGAUUGGAUGUCUUUAAAAAUGUGGUGUACACUGAGAUGCAAACCUAAUCUAUAAAGCUGCAUGCAUUUCAAUUCCAUGUAGGUAUAUAACAAUAUUUUUUUCUUGUACUGCAAGAUACAGUAUAUCUAAUGAGCAUAGCUUUUUUGGUGAGCUUAAAGGGACAUCCUUUUAAAUUUAAAAAUAAGAUCUUUAUAAACCAGCUUCUUGCCAUGUAACCAAAAUAAUCAUUGGAGAAGCCUGCAGUAACACAUCAAAUUAAAUGCACUGACAGCAUUUUGCAAACCCCAUCCUGUAUUAUUGUCUACAUACAGUAAUUUACCAAGUAAUGUUGUACUUGGAAUCAGGACUUUUGUAUGGGACUUCUAUGCUUGGAUAUUGUUUCAUCCUUGCCCCACUUUACCAAUCUUUUCACAUUUGGAUUUAGAUACAUUAUUUGUGUUUUUUUAAAUCUGGA